CAGCCCUGAGCGGGUGGUCCUCCAAGAUGCCGAGCCCCCGGCCCCCAGCCUUGAGCCCCUUGUCCCCAGACCCUGAGCUCCCUGGUCCUCACAGAAGCUGAGGUCCCUUCCUCCGUCUUCCGGCAGGUUUUACCCCACGAAGAUGAACUGGACGGCCGCCGCGUGCUGGGCUCUGCUGCUGGCCGCUGCCUUCCUCUGCGACAGCGGCGCGGCCAAGGGUGGCCGUGGCGGGGCUCGCGGCAGCGCCCGGGGAGGGCUGCGCGGGGGCGCGCGCGGGGCCCCGAGGGUGCGCGUGAGGCCGGCGCCCCGCUACGGCGGCUCCUCCCUGCGCGUGGCUGCGGGGGCGGCGGCGGGCGCGGCGGCCGGGGCGGCGGCAGGCCUGGCCGCGGGUUCCAGCUGGAGGGCGGCGGGGCCCUGGGAGCGGGGCCUGGAGGACGACGAGGACGGGGCACCCGGCGGCAACGGAACGAGCCGGGUUGUCUACAGUUACCGGGCGUGGUGGACUUCGGACGCGGGGCCCACGCGCGGCGCACGCCUCUGCCUGCUGCUGGGCGGUGCCCUGGGCGCCCUGGGGCUGCUGAGGACCUAGACACGGCUGGGCUCGGGGCCAGAUCUGCUCCCAGCCUGCGCCCUCCCCAAAGGCGCCGCGGCCCACCCCAGAGGCCACCCAGUGCCAAGCGCCCCUUCCCUCCACUGCCCACGGCCUCCGAGUCCAGGGGAGCUGCGUGGGCGGUUCGGGCCAGUCCAGCCAGGAGCUGCAGCCUCUCCUACUGGGACCCGGAGGCCGCCUCCUGUUCCCUCUCCUGCCCAAGCGCCUCCCCAGCCUCCCCACCCACCAAGGGGAGCCUUGGCCCAUCAGCCUUGGGAUGCCCUGCCUACCACUUGGAGGUCCUCCCCAGCCAGAAAGGCGGGUGUCUUUCGGUUCCUAUACCAUCCCGGCCAGCUGCCCACCACUCUGCGGAACCGGCCAAAGAGAAGUGCCAAGGCCAGGCUGUUCAGGCCACCCCAGGUCCUCUGAUCCCACCCUGGACACAGAAAGUGGCUCUUCCUGCCACAGCCCUAGGACAUCGUGGCCUCCUUCCAGAAGCAGUCUCCGUGGACCAAGGUCUUGGGGACCUGGGGGAGAGGUUUCCCUCACAGUCUGCAGCAUGCUGGUUGCCUGUCUAGAGAGGGCUCUGUGGAUUUCCAAGCCCAGGCAUGACCAUGCAGUUCUCUGGAUGGCUCCCAGGACACACUCGCUCACGGGAAUGGCCCGGGGACCGUGCUCUCCCCUGGGCAGAUGCUCUGAGACACACUGCCAGGGCUCACUUAGAACCACUUUGCUCUGACUUGAAACAAGUCACUUAACUCUCCUUGGACAUAGUUUGGGGAAAAAAACAUUCUGUUUAAACGCCAAGAGUUUUGUGUUCCCUCUGAGCUCCAGGUUCACACUCUGCAAUGAGCGCGGCCAGUGCUCAGGGAUGGGCAGCCGCUGUUCCCUCCCAGGCGCAGCAACUGAGGCGGGCAGCAGGGCCCCAGCCCGCAGCCCCCUGGGAAGCCGAGAGCGAGUGAGAUGGAGGAGCCGAGGCUGCAGUCAGACCCACUCCCUGGAGGGAGGCGGGCCUCUCCAGGGCCCAGCACCCAGCAAGUACCACCAGAUGUGAGGCGCCUUCCAGCCGAAGGCCCAGGGGAAGCUGCGCUCCCUCCACACCCUGUGACCGUCAGGACACAGCCCAGAGCAGCCUCUGAAGAAACAUUGGGCAGGUCGUGACACGGGUGCACCUCUGGCACCCAACACCUGUGUGUAAGGCCUGUCCAGCCCUUUGCCUCUUGGUGCCUUCCCCUCAAGCUGCCAGCCUGGUCCACUGGCCACGAGCUCAGCGUGGCCCCUGGCUCUUUCACAUGCCCUCCCGCUCCAUCCUCUUGCCCGUCAGCAGGACGGCUCUGGGGCUCGGCUCCUGGGCCUGGUCUCUGGUGCUGGCAAGAGUCUCACCCACUGCUGGGUUGCCUCCCAGAAUCUGCCUCCACCCCUCGGACUGGGGGCCUUUGGACUCAGCUGACAGACACCAGCACUGAGACCAGCAUCUCCCUGCAGCCCUGCCACCUCUGCUCUCCCCCAGCUGGCACACAUCUCUGGUUAGGGGGAGGGUCACCAAGCUGUUGUGGGACCUGGACCGAGCAUUCUUCUCCGAAGACCCAGGCGCUAAGCUGCAGGAAGCAGCUCCCUGCAGCCUCCUGUGUCCACACUGCCAGCAUUCUUGCCUGCGGUGCUCAGAUGACCCCCAUCCUCCCAGAUCGAGCUUGACGCUCCCAAAGACCAGCAGGUGGUGGCCAAGCCCUGGCUGGGGCCUUGGAGGCAGCAUGACCAUUUCAAAGUCUCAAAUGGGGACCCAUCAGGGUGGCACCUUGGGCAACUCAGUUCUUCCUGACGGGCCCAGCCUGGCCGUGCUCAGCCUCAGACACCCACCUGGACACGGACUGUGGCUGGUCCAGACCCUCAUGCCACUCUGCAGUGCGAGCUGUCAGCAGGCCCUGGACGGGACAGAAACAUCACCCUCAUGUCAAGCUUUCCGCACUGACCAGACUCCAACAGCACUUGGAUCUGGCACAGCCACGAAUCUGAAUACUUGGGGGUCGUCUCAAGAACUGGUAAGCGUGCUGGGUGUGGGGCAGCCACACAGCACGGCUGCACCUAGAGGGGUGCCUGCGGGAAGGGGACGUGCCCUGGCAGAAGCUCCAGGGAGGUCACGCCACCACCGGGCACAGAAGAGCCGGAGCUGCUGACCCGCGACACACCCAGCCCCACCCCGGCCCUUUCUCUGCCCUCUUCCAGGAUGCAGGCUGGUAGGAAACGUUCCUGGAUCCCUUCAGGUGGGAUCUCAACGCUGGGAGCUGCCUCUGGGAAUGACUCUGCUGCCCCCGUUAGCUAGAAGGUGCCCAGAGGCGGUGGAAGCCUGGGGUCUCCGCUGACCACACCAGCUUGUGCACAGCUAGGCUGCAAGGAGAGCAGCCCCCGGGGCACCGAGGGGACAGGUGGUGCUUGGCUUCUGCCACAGCCGCUUGGGACCUCUUGUCCAUGCGUGCGUGCGUGCGUGUGUGUCUACGUGUCUGCACGUUUUAGCAGUAAAAUAAAGACUCCGCUGGCGACGAGACUGCUCCUUACUGCAGGAUCCAGGACAUCACAUUGGGAACCUGCAACGAGCCCUCAGGUAUUAACUCAGGUAUUAACCAGUUAACUGGCUCAUGUCCUGUUUUUCUCUGGUGAGGGGCCAUAACACAUGGGCCCACAAUGAAGGAGCCAACCACAGAGACAAG